AUGAGCUUAAUAAGGGAGAACGUCAAGAAUAGAGGCAAAGUCUAUAGGUGUUUCGCCAUUUACAAUUGCAGUCGAUAAGAAUUUACUCACGUUCAGAAAAGACGCUGCAACAAGUCCUAUGAAUCUUCUUAUCAAGAUGUCAAGGAAUAAGCUGAGAAGUGUUUUUCAACUCUAUCUAAACAAUUAAAUUACAAGAAUGCCUAUUCGGAAUGGCUUGGAAUAUUGGAUUAACAUCAAAAGUGUUUUUUCAUGUUCAUGCUUUUCCCUCAAAGCAACAUACAAUUAGUGGAUGAUGCUUUAAAUCAAAUAAUUAAACUAGUAUCCACCAUCCCUAAUUACUACCAUGUAAUUUGUUAAUAUAAGUAGUUAACUUCUGAAUAAUUGGAUCAACUGAAAAGAACAGAAAUCAGAAAACUGAUAGACAAAUUGGAAAACGAAUACAUUGAAAAUGAGGGAAUUAUGGGCAAUCCAUCAGAUGAUGAAUAAGCUGGCAGCAAGAUCAUAACCUUUAAUUCUUUUAAAUCCAACCCUUAAAGUUCAUUCAGAUCGAAUAUUCAAUAAUAACCAUCCAAAAAUGAUACAAGAGAUCUAGCUCAAACCAAAACUACAGAUAGAGAAUAUAUUGAGUUUGGAGUUUAUAGAGGAUUUGCAAUUUACAGUGUCAAAUUGGAUAAAAUCAUAUUUCAACUUCGAAGAGGUUCCAAAUAGGCAUUUACCCAAUCAAUCAAUAAUAUUGAGAAACUACUCAAAUCAAAAUCUAAGUAACCUCAGCAAAAUUCGCUAUUCAUUGAAUAAGUAAAUUCGAGAGCAGAAUGGCAUGGAAAGUAUCACAAACCUGAUUAUUCAAUAGAAUGUUAUUAUUUGAUCAUGACAUUUUAGAAUGCAGAUCCAGAAUAAUGCAAUAGUACCUUAAAAUUAGCAAUAAGUAGAUUUUCUAAGGAUCCAAAUUUUGUUUAAUAUUCAUUGUAAGAAUUAAAUGAUAAGUAUCUUUGGGAUAUCAGUAAUAUGUUGAAAUCAUCAGAAAAACAUUAUGAAUACGAUCAAGGUCACUUAGAAUUACCCAGUGAUGAUGAGAUCAUACCUAAAUUAGAUAAACUUAAAUAAAGUACUGUGGGAAUAACUAAAAAUUAUUCAUCUUUUUCAGCAUCUAAAAUGGAAUUGAUUUAAAUGUAGAUCUUACCUAGAUCUCAAUUAAUACAACUUGGAGAAACUGAGCUAGAUUCACCUAUCUAGACAUAGGAAACCAUUUUAACUAAGCUUAAUCAUUUUGAACCUAAGGUUGACGAUACAGAAGAUAUAUUGUAAUACGGUGUUAUCAUAUCUCUUGUUAUUCUGUUAAUAAUUUCUAUAUAUUUGAUUUUACAAUGA